AUGUUAAUUGUUAAAUGUGUUUUAGUGAUUUUAAUAAGUUUUGUUUUAAAGGAUAUUAAAAGUGAAGAAUUAUUAAAUACUACAACAAACAAAGAACAAACUUCAUCUACUGAAGCCAGCUUAAACACUCCAAAUGAUUUGAUAUCUUUAACUUUAGAUACUUUAGCAACAACCUCUAAUGAUGCCUCUAACUCAGCGUCCCUGAAAAAGGAUUUAAAUUCCUUUAACUUAGAAAAUCUAAUAACAACUCCAAUUACACCUUUGGAGUCAACAGCCUCAGUAUUAAAUGAUUUGCAGGAUAAUGAAACCACUCCUAGCUGGGAGCUAAUAUAUCCCGAACAAAACUCCUCAACAUCUUCAAAUACUCCUUUCUCUACCACCUCCACCACAGAAACUUCUCCAGCUAAUUUGCCCAAAUAUUUUAAAGUGGAUGACGUUACAAAUUGCCAAAAAUACUUUGGCACCUGCCUUAAACAAGUUCUCUCCAGUGUGCUGCCCAAACUAAAGGAUGGCAGUAAGGCUCUACACAUACCCUCCUUGGAUCCCAUUUAUUUCAACUCUACCGCCUUCCAAUACAAUAGUGGUCCCUUUACCGGCUUUAUAACCAUAAGAUAUGCCCAUAUUUAUGGUUUUACUAGUAUGCAAUUUAAAAAAGUCGACUUCAAUAAGCAGGGUAACAAAUUUAAGGCACGCUUUUCAAUGCUGAUACCCAAAAUGUUUGCCAUUGGUUCCUAUAAGGGGGAUAUGCAUGUGAAUAAUGUUAGGGUAAGACCAAGGGGAGAGUUUAAUGUUACGAUGUCUGGUUUGGGUGUGGACAUGUUGGCCUUAGGUGCUGUGAUACAAAAGAAUGACCAUACUUUUCUGCGUUUAACCAAAAGUAAUGCCACCACAACUUUGAAGGAGUCGAAAAUUAAUGCCACGGGCAUUUUUCCUGAUCAGAGAUUGAAUGACAUUGUGGUUAAUGUGGCUAAUCAAUAUUGGCGUGACCUGUUUAAUAUUGUUUUGCCAGAGACCCGCAACAACUGGCUACCCAUUGUAACAGAUGCUUUAAAUGGGGCCUUGGCCAUGGUGCCUUUCGAUUUUUUAAAGUAACACUUAAAUAAAUAUAAGUUAUGUUCAUUCAUUUUUGUAUCCAUUGUGCAUUUUAAACAAUGUUUUUUGCAUUUCAUUUGAAUUUAAUAAAUAAAAAUUAUUUAUGAAGAA